AUGAAUCCACAAAGGCAAGAUGUGAAAUAUCUCAUCACCACGUUCCCACGUGUCUGGAAAAUGGAGAAUUGUGUCACAGGCGAUGAUUUGGGUGGGGGGCGUUUCCAGUUCGAUUUUGAUGAAGAGGAUGACAUCAUUGAAAAAACAGUUCGCCCUAGAAAACUCUCCCAAGCACACUUCCCGAAGCCAGCUGCCGCACAGCUCCGAUCUAGGAAUGAAGCAUCUUCACCGGUGCCUCUCGGUCUGAAAUCGGAGGAGCUCCGCUCCCUCUUUUCCGGACUCCCUUUACAGUCCGAUGUUUUUGUCUCUCUUUCCGACGGUGCCUUCGUUGCCGUCGAGAUCUGUUUCCAUCUCACAUCUGGGACGUCCGCCGAUUAUGGGAGCUGUAGCGAUGAGAGUUGCAGAGCUUUUGAGGAUGGAGAUCUCGUCUCUUUCCUUCAGCCUCCCGGAUCCGACGUCUCGCAUUCCGAACCUCUCUCACCGCCGUGUGAGUACUCUUCCGGUAAGGCCGGUGCCUCCUCCAAAACCUCCAGAUCCACUGGAGUUUUGGUAUUGUUCUUACUUUAUAUUUGGAUCUUCAACGUGCUUGACCUGCUCCAUGGAGUUGUUGCCUCGUCGCAUCACCAUCUUUGUCGCCUUAACGGCACUCUGUUUCUUUUGGCCGUUCAACCAUUGUCUUCUACCCUUCACUGA